ACGCUUAUUUUCAGACAGCGCACAAGUAAAACCAUGGCAGAAGUUUGGUCGGCUUCCUUCGUGUGCGGUUUGUUCUUCUGUGCCGCUAGUUCUCAGCAAAUGUAUUUCAAUGACAAAAAUGAUUGCGUCCGUAAUGAUCAGACGACACAGACAUUCAAUGAAAACGUUGAGUACUUAAAACAAGAAAACGCGAGACAAAUUGAGUCCUUCAGACAUGAGAUCGCGAAACAAAUUGUUUCCUUAAGACGAGAAAAUACGCGGAUGACCGCUAAUCAAAAGAACAUUCAAGAAGAAUUCGAUGAGAUGGUUAAUAUCCUAAAGAAAAAUGAAGCCAACAUCCACGAAGAUUUGAAGAGCAGCAUACUGCAAACCAUCAAGUCAGAGUUAAGCCUAUAUAAAUAUUGUAAGAACCUCAACAUUUAUGGCUAUAAAGAAUCUAGUGUUUAUGAGAUACAUCCAUUUGGUAAUAACAGCAAGGUCAGCGCCUUCUGUGACUUGGUGACAGAAGGUGCAGGGUGGACAGCUAUCCAGAAACGGGUUAGUGGUUCGGUGUCAUUCGACAGAACGUGGACGGACUACAAGACGGGAUUCGGGAAUCCUAACGGAUCCUACUGGAUAGGAAAUGAGGUUAUACAUCAACUUACCAAGGGGAGGAACUCCUCCCUCUACGUCUCUAUCACACUGACUAAUGGGACAAAGCUCUAUGAAUUAUACAACCAGUUUUCUGUUGCUGACGAAAUCAACAAAUACAGACUUUUUCUUGGAGGACCAGCUACCGGGACACUGUGUGACUCUAUGUUACACACUGGUGAUUCUUACCACGAUCUGUCUGGGAUGUCGUUCAGUACCCCGGACAGAGAUAACGACGGGUAUAGAGGUGGUCACUGUGCUGCUCUCAGUAGGGGAGGCUGGUGGUUCAAUGACUGUAACCGAGCCUUCCUUAACGGUCAAUGGUCCCCGGGGUCCUGGUGGUACCCAUGGUAUCCUACAGUGACUGAUAGUAAACAGAUAAAAGAGACCCUCAUGAUGAUAAAACCUAACUGACUUUUUAUAUCUUUAUAUCCAUACUUGUUCACGCAUGAUAUGAAAAGUUACAUACUUUUAUUAUAGAUGAUGAAAACUUUACUUUUAGACAUAAUGGUGGUUUCUACAGUAUAUACAAUGUAAUAGAUAUAUAAUGUUAUUAUGUGUAAUGAAUUUAUUGAAAAGUCCUUAUGUGUAUUAUGUUUAAGAUAGUGUUGUAUAUGUAACAUUCAUUACUAAAAACAAGAAAAUCGCAUUUACUAUUGUUACAUAAUAAAACUUUUGUUUUUAUUUUAUCAAUUGUAGUUUUAUAAUUAAUAGUCUAAUGAUAUAAAGUAUGUUAACAACAAACACAAUGUUUUUUUUUUAAUAUAUUCCUUGAAUUUCAACUGAUCCCCGUGAAAGGUCACAUAACUGGGUAGAAGUAGUAUUCAUCAGUCUGUCAUCUCCGUACAUGUGUGUUGAUAAUUAGAAUUUCAUUCUGUUACAGUUUAUGAAUGAUGUAGAAAUGAUAAUUGCGUAAAUUUUAUUUUCAAACACCAA